GUGAGGAGAGGGGGAGAGGGAGAGAGAAAGAGAAAGAGAGAGAAAUUGACGACACAAAUCCGUAACAUAUUGUAACUUCACCGUACCAACAGCGGUAGGCCUACACAGAAUUCGCAAGGCAUGUAUUUCCUAUCGGCAGCAACGCAGCAUGGCUACCUUCCAGAACUUAUGCCGGACUUUGUGGAUCCGGGGGGCUAUGGGGAAGUGUCUGGCGAGAUCACUAUCCCGGGCACCGUAGGCAAGUCACAAGCCGACGAAUAUAACACAUUGGAUGAACCUGUCAGAGAAACAAUUAAGGGCAAAGAGACAACCACAGGGAAAUCUGAGCCACCGCAAUACAACACAUUAGAAGAGCCUGUCACUGUCACCAUUAUGCGAGACCUCAGGGCAGUUGGCACAAAAUUCUAUCACGUACUUUAUCCUAAGGAAAAAAAGGCUUUAUUAAAGGAAUGGGAUCUUUGGGGCCCUCUGAUACUCUGCACAUUUCUUGCCAUGAUGGUUCAGGGCUCAGAAGAUGCAGAUAGCGGUGAUGGAGGACCAGAGUUUGCACAAGUAUUUGUCAUAGUGUGGGUCGGUGCAGCAGUUGUCACUAUGAACACUAAGCUCCUAGGAGGAACCAUAUCCUUCUUCCAGUCUGUGUGUGUCCUGGGCUACUGCCUCUUGCCAUGCUGCGGUUCCCUCAUCCUAUGUCGCCUCAUUCUCAUCGCCACGCAGAACAAGCUCCUCUUCAUCCUCAGAUUCAUCGUCACAGUCAUCGGCUUUGUCUGGGCAACCUUUGCGGCAAUGGUAUUCCUUGGUGACAGCCAGCCCAGCACGAGGAAAGCCCUGGCAGUUUACCCCAUCCUGCUCUUCUACUUUGUGAUAUCAUGGCUGAUCUUGUCGCACACAAAUGUCUGAGGGUCCAUGUGGUUUUUAUUUGAGGUCUUAUGCUAGCUGGAGAGGUGUAUGUAGUGUUAGGAUUGUUAUAGACCCCCCCUGGUUCUUUUUCAUUUUUGUGUGUUAGAUUGUGUGUGGGUGUGAUCUUUUUUUUUUUUUUUUUUUUUUUUUCUUUUUCUUUUUGAGUGCAAGUAACUUAUCCUCAAAUGAGAGUUCUCCCCCCUCCCCUUUUUUUCUCUAUAUAUAUGUGGGCAGCAUGAAUGAUGUGAGAAUUCAAGAGAAUGGUCAUUGGGUGGGAGUCAAAGAAGGGGACGUCUCUCUCUGCCUGAGUGCAGUAUAAUUUGACCAGAUCAAACCAGAGGCUGCUUUUUCAUUCCAGUUUGUUGCAAACUCUGUUUAUGGGAGCUGUAUUUUGAAAAUGUUUUCUGUGGAGAAUAACAGUGGGACAAUUCUCAUCAUUUUCACAUGCGUAAUUUAUCCUUCCUGCUUUUCAUGUUACCAUUUUCCUUUUCUUUUCCUUAUAUCGCCCCUUUUCCUCUUUCCUUUUUGUGUCCUCUCAGUGCUUGUUAUGAAGUGUGUAACUUGGGCUCUCUUUUCCACGGCAUUGUUGUAUUGUAUAUAGGCAUUAAUAUAUAUAUAUGAAAAUCAUUCUUUAUCUCUCUCUAUUUUGGUGGGAAGCCCUUUGCUGGCCUAGAAGGGAUGCAUAAUAGUCAUUAUCCACUUUUAAAAGUAAUUUUGAGAUUUUAAAAUAGUUAUUUUUAUGAUUAUAUUUUUUCUUUGGUGACAUGGAGACAUAAAUUAUGGCAUGCAUAAGUGUGAGGAUGUAUGUGUGAAAGUACGAUAUGAACAAAGAAAAAAUUUGUAUACUGCAUUUAAUAUAGUCUUGUUUAGAAUUGCCUUUGUAUUUGUGAACAUUCCAUAACAUAUAUAAUAGAAUAAUCAUAUACUGAAAGAGGUUAGGGGAUUUUUUCAGGUGAAAGUAAAAUACAGAUAUAUUUUUUUUUCAUAUAGUCUCUCUAUGUAUCCCUGUCUUUGAGGCCUUUCCAGCAUAAAACAAACAAACAAACAAAUACACGAAUAUAAGGAGAUAAGAAUACAAGCAUACAUGUAAAUAGAUAAACAAACAAACAAGAACACAAGUAGACAGACCCCCAAGCACACAUAAAACCAGAACAUAAUUAAAUGCAGCUUGUAUGACUCUUCCUUUAACUUCAUGUGUUCUUUGCUCGCUUUAAAAUACCCACAACCAUUUGUUCUUCCAGAUGUAAAUUCAAUGUUUUUCAGCUCACAAUUUAGUUGUGCAUUUGUGCGUGUGUGUUUGUGUGUGUGUGCACAUUUUCAAGUGACAAAUUUGGUCAUGAAAUAUUGAUACUACUGUUGUUUUUGAUGCUAUUUAUUAUUACUAUUACUAUUAGUCUCUGUUUGAAUAUAUAUAUAUUUGGAAACAUUUGUAGACUUUGGUUGUUUUUGGAGCACAUAAUCUUUUUACCAAGAAUUGUAUACUUGACAAGAAAAUACAAAUUGAAAAGUGUUUGAUACACAGAUAGAAGUACUCUUCUUAGUCUUUUUCUCUUUCUCAGUUAGUGUGUGUUGCAGACAAAGAUUUUGCAGAUUAUUAUGGUUAUUAUCUGAAUCAGGAUUGUAUUGCCAAUGUUUGAUUAAUUGUUUAAUGGUUAAUAUUUGAUAUUUGAUUAUUAUACUACUUCUGCCCUUGAACUUAUUCUCUCCCUAUUGAAUAUUUUUCUUCUUUAUCAGCUCUCAGACAUGAUGUAUCAGUUGAUUAUGAUAUUCAUAAUAAUUUUCUGUCCUAAUAUAUUGUUAUUUUCAUCAGAUGAUGCUAUCUUCUCAAUAAAGUAAUUUUAAAAUU